AUGCUGCGCGCGCCGGUGUCGAUUUUCAAGUGCCUGGUGGGAGAUUCUAAUCGCGACCUCAAGUCCUCUGUGCCCGACAUCUCUGCGCUCGAUGCAGCCGUCGUCACCGACAUCAAUGCACCGAUGCGGCAGCGCAUGGAGACGUACGUCAAGCUGCUGCAGCAUCGCAUUGUCUCGACGCUCGGCGCCGAGGAGACGGGCGACAAGGGCUUCUUCGUCGACUCGUGGCUGCGCAAGGAGGGCGGCGAGGGCAUCUCCUGCGUGCUGCAGGACGGCCAGACGUUCGAGAAGGCCGGCGUCAACAUUUCAAUCGUGCAUGGCAACCUGCCGCCGCGCGCCAUUGCACAGAUGAGCGCCGACCAUGCGGGCCUGGUGGAGAAGGUCGGCUACAACCUGGGCCUCGGCAGCUCGGCAGAUGCUGCCGAGGUGCGCGGCCUGCCGUUCUACGCAACCGGACUCAGCCUCGUCGUGCACCCGCGCAACCCCAGCGCGCCAACGGUACACUUCAACUACCGCUACUUCGAGCUCACGCACCCCGAGAAGCUCGCCGACGGCUCGCCGAACCCGCGCUUCGACCCGGCGCAGCCCGACAAGCCCGUGGCCUGGUGGUUCGGCGGCGGCACCGACCUGACGCCCAUGGUGCUCUUCCCGGAGGACGCCGAGCACUUCCACAGCGUGCUCAAGAAGACGGCCGACCGGCACGACCCGGCGCUCUACCCGGCGUGGAAGCGCUGGUGCGACCGCUACUUCUGGAUCCCGCACCGCGGCGAGGCGCGCGGCGUCGGCGGCAUCUUCUUCGACGAUCUGACGAUCCCGCCUGGCGGCAGCUCAGCGCGACUGCUGCUCUCUGAGGGCAAGCCCAACCCCGCCGACACGACGCCGGAGCGGCCACUGCCGACGCAGCGCGAGCACACCAAGGAGACACUCUUUGCCGUCGUGCGCUCGCUCGGCGACGCCUUCCUGCCAGCGUACCUGCCGCUGCUGCAGCGGCGCAAGAAUGCUGCCUCGACGCCGGCGCUGCAGCGCUGGCAGGCGCUGCGGCGCGGCCGCUACGUCGAGUUCAACCUCGUCUACGACCGCGGCACCAAGUUUGGCCUGCAGACGCCCGGCGCGCGCAUCGAGAGCAUCCUGAUGAGCCUGCCGCUGCAUGCGCGCUUCGAGUAUCUCGAGCGCCACUCGGGCGUCGGCCAGGUGGGCGAGCAGGACGAGCCGGGCGAGGACCCGAAGCAGGCGCAGCGCGAGCGCGACACGAUGCGCGUGCUGCGCCGGCCGCACGACUGGGUGCGCUGA